CGAAGUACACUGUUCCCGCUGUAACAUCAAGCAUUGCUUGUGUUCUCGCACUGCAUUGUUGAGUGGUGUUUAAUGUGGAGGCUCGUUGAGUUUGCCGCUGGCUUUUUAUUUUAUAGUUUAGUGGGUUACUUCGCUUUGGCUGUCCAUGCUGCAGCGCGCUUUGACGUGUUCGGCGGUUCCAGUGCUCUGCAAUCAUUUUGAUAGGCAAGUCUCUGCGGAAAGCCCGCCUCGGCGAUGCAGGCAGAACGUAUUUCACAGGUUAUCUGAAAAGUUCUAAUAAUAUGAUUUGAAAAAGUCAUUAAAGGUUUUCAAGUUGCAAGAACAUGUAACUGUAAUAGCGAAGCGAAGUUUCUUUAAUAUUCUAGCAGUUUAAGAGAAAAUGUUCCUUGCUUUUUUAAUUCAACCUGAAUAAGUUGAAACAGCUUUAAAAAUGAGAGGGGAGAAACUUGCGUAUUUAGUUAAAACACGUAGAUAAGCGGGACAGUCCGGACCAGUGUUUCUUAAAUUAUGGGUCGCUGACAUGUCCGUGUAGUAAAACAGCCGCGUUUAGCCACGUGCGAAUUUUCUGUCGAAGUGUCCCACCAAGACCUGCAGUUUAUUAUGGCAGCAUGUGAAACAACGCCGUUGACGCGUCUGUUUCACGAAAAUGUAAUAAAUAUCCCCCAUCUCACAACCUAUUAAUCAGUCUGAGAAGGUCGACAGCGAAGAAAAGGAGGGAAUGACAGGCAAGCUUGUGUAGGGAAAGUACCGCGGCGCCAGUUUGAAAUUUCGAAAUUAACGGAUGCAGGAUAAUGCGACGAUUGACCGGAUGCUAUGAAGAGGGAAUGAAUUGGGGAGAUAUAUACAGGGUGGUCCAGAUCUAAUUAUGCAACUCUUAAUGCAAUGCAGGAAAACAAUACAAUUUCGGAUGAUUCGCGCUGCCAGUCCGGUCAAACAUUUCGUUGAUUUGGGAGAUCGUGUUCCUAUGCACUGCAGGCGGUCCAAAUUCCUCCAACAUCCUGCGUUGCACGUUGUUAUAGCGUAAUGAAAAUUGCAUAAUUAGAUCUGGACCACCAUAGAGAGAGGGGGGAGAGAGAGAGAGAGACUGACUGAUUGACUGACUGACUGAGUGUGGGCCGUGGCAGUGUGAUAUGCGAAGGGCAGCGUGUGCAUCUUGUACAACUGACAAUGUCUUAUUGCAUGUAUGCUGUUAUGACAUAUAUUGAGUCUACGGUAAAUCUGUAAGAGAGGUGCAAAGAAGAUUUGGUUUUAUCGUGUAGCCAGUAAGUGCUCUCCUCAUGACACGGCUACCCAGCUGUGUCAGGAGAUGCCAGCCCUCUGUCCUUCUGCCUGGGUUGUUGCAAGCCCAGCCUGUUAGCAGUUAUGCCUGGACUCAAGAACUGACUAAGCUUUGCCAGCAAAGACACUUCAUCAUGGAGGAUGACUCGGGCUAUGGGCCACUCGGGACAGAGCUGAGGAACAAUCUAGCUGAAUUGUGGUGGAGGUCAGUUGUCAGUUUAAGGGAGCAAGUAUUUGGGAUCAACACGUUGCACCAGCAGAGACCAGCAGCAGCUGCCACUAGUACUCCGAUUGGUUUAAUAGACAAGAAUGCCUUGCACACCAUCCUCCAUGAUUCACAGCUUAACAAGGAAGAGAUGGCCAAAUCCAUAGAGAGUUUACUGCACAAUCAGAUUGGUCUUCGUACAAGCUUGUUGCAAGGGGCUUUGGAACAUUAUGUUCCCUCACUGGCCUUGCUAAACAGGAAGUUACCUUUUGGACUGGCAGAGAUGGGCACAUGCUACAGACCUAUUCAUGCUCAAGAGCCUAAUGGCAACGUCAAGACAGGGGAGAGCUUCAUGGCAUCACUGGUGUGGUUCUGCUCUCCUCGGACAUCAGCGCAGUGGCUUGAAUACUGGCUGCGUCAAAGAAUGCUGUGGUGGAGAAAGUUUGCUGUCAGCCCAUCAGAUUUUAGCAGCAGUGAAUUACAAAAUGCAGAUGGAAACCGAGAAGUCAGAAUCCAGUAUAACUUCUCAGGAGGAACAGAGACCCUAGAAACACUCUGCAGUCUAGGAGAUGAGGUGCUUGUGAGCCGGUGUGUGGGGAGCAAGGCCAAGCUGCAGUGCCGUGAAGGGAGGAAAGCAGUAAUACCGCAUGUGCUGUCUAUAAGCAGCUGUUUGGACACUGGUGUGAGAGCUUAUCUGCAUAACUCCUUCCAGGAGAUGGGCAGUGUACACACCAAACGAAGACUGUUGCAGAGAAAGGUGCUAAAGCUUCAUCCCAGUUUAACUCCAGUAAAGGUGGCUUUGGAUAUGGGGAGGGGCCCCACUAAUGAACUUCGACAGGUUUGUGAAGGGUUACUUCAAGAACUGCUGGAGCGAGCAAUUUCAGUGUGGCCUGGCUACCUAGAAACUGCAUCCAUCUCCAUGGAGCAGCAGCUUGUAAGGUAUGAUGAGAUGGGUGUACUGUUUACCAUCAUGGUCAAUGAUGUUACCUUAGAGAAUGGAAUUGCCCAGCUCAGAAAUCGUGACACCAGUAUCAGGGAAAUGAUGCACAUUUCUGAAAUCAGUAGUUUCCUCACCAAGUACAUCACUGCAGAACGGAGAAUGUGAAGCAGUUGCAGUCACUAAAGCCAUGCGAGACAACAGUGUUGUAUUUUUAAAUACCAAUAUAAGUCCACCUUCUCUGAUAACGCCAUUGUUGGAGGAUCAGAUUUGGAAAUGGCUAUUUUCUUAAUUAUCUUUCAUCUACGACUAUAGUGCAGUGAAAAAAUGUUCAGUUGGCAUACAAUUGCACUGGUUAUAUCAACAUUACAAAGAAUGACUUCCAACUUUAUUUUUUUAAUAAAAUAAUUUCCCUGAGUGUUUAAACCUUAUUAUUUAUGAGCAGCAGGUGUGCUUUGAAGGUUUUUGGAAAUUGACCACCUGCAGAUACCCAUGUGGAACAAAAGAAUAUUCUAAUUAUUUAAUGAUUCUUGCAAUCCUGCCUUUCUUUAUGUUAGUCAUCACUAUUGAUGGGCAGCUAAAUAAUUGUUUUACUUGGGCAAGCCACUUCAGGUGCUGCUGUGGUUGUCUCUGACAUUCCUCUAAAAUGUCUCAAGUAAAAUGUUUUUUUGAACUCCUGUGUUUCCUUAACAGGCUAAGAAGUUAUGGUAAGUUCAGAUCCUUUCAAAUGUUUGUACUCUUCUCAGUAUGUACUGGGUGUUCAAGUUAUCGUAACUAACCAUGUGGAGAAAUAUUUGGUUCUGUUUUGAGGCCUUUCAGUGAUCAUGAGCUUCUAACUUCUUGUAGAAAGAAUCAAGCAAACCCCUUACAGUAAACUUAUUUUGGGCGCUUGUACUUUUAAAUUUAUUUGAUUAGUACAGGGAAGCUCAUGAUCUUAUAAGUGAGGGUGGAGGUGGGGGUUGAGUGGAGAAAUAAAAUGCUUUGUUUAAGGAUGUAGCUUCCCCUUUAACAUUACAAUCUGGUAUAAUAUAAAAAAAAAGAUGACUGCAGAGCAAACAAGACCCUAGGAGAUUUGCACUGCAGCAUUUAGGAAAGGUGCUCCCCACUUAUCACGUAAUUCACAACUGACUGUCAUUCUCAUCUGCAAGUCACUUCAGUGUGUGGUGGAGAUAACACUCUGAGGCGGCCAAAAUGACAACAUCAUCUGCAAAUGGCUGAGGUGCAACUCCUAAAUAGCCAACGUGGAGACUCUGCAAGCCCCAGUUGUAGCUUGAUAUUCUGUGAAGAGCAAAGAGUUGGUCUUAACAGUUGGCCCAUAUUUGUUCCUCCCACAUAUGACGCCUAGUUUUCAGAUGGCAUGUCCAUUUUAGUGCCUAAGCAUAGGCUGUCCUUGGGAGGCUGAGGUGUGUGAUCUCUCUGUAAUUGGAACACACUGUCUUGUCCCUUUCUUUUAAAUGGUUUAUCAAACUGCCCCAGCUUUCCAUGCAUUAAUGAAGUAAAGUAUUGAUUUGGUCACUACCUCAUCUGCUGUGUUUUGGCCUGCUUUUUUGGUCAAAUUAAAUUGUUCAGUUUACUUUUUGCAGUGCGCCCUUUACUGGGUACAGGCUUGGAGUGCUGUGACAAAUUCACAAGUAAAAUGCAAGUUAUAUAAUGCAAACACAUGAGGCUGUGGAUUAGGUUAAAAACAUAAAUAAGCAAUUUUAAACUGAUUAACAUAAAUGGAUCCAAACACUGUAUGUCUAUUAAUUUUAUCCUUCGUAUAUGUUGUCUAUGAAAAAGAGGAAAAAAAAACAUUGCCACAGACAGUUAUAACAUAAAGUCAGACACAGUAACAUUUCUAAAGAGCUCACCAACUAGUCGCCCACUGUCUCCUUGGCAUUUUACAGUAUUAUAUAACUUAGUGCUGGCAGUCUAAUAUGAAGACAGAAUGCUUUUAUCCUUGGAUUCCAAAGCUCCCUCAAUGUCUGGUAUCUUUCCUAGUGGCAGGAGUAAUAGUUCUGCAGCAGGAUACCAAGAAGAGAAGGUCAGUAACAGUUCAUAAUUAUUGUAAUCCUUACACAUUUGUACAAAUGACUGAAAAAGCAAAAAGAACAGUUAAUCAGCAUGUUGAAUUGGAGGAUGCUAGAUUACAACGACGAGUCUUCAUCUUUGGAUUUAAUGGAUGAGGCUGAAAGGCCACCUUUUAUUCAAUGUAGCAUAUCAUUCCAUAGCUUUAGGGUACUGUAUUUGAUAGUGCAGCCUUCUACUGUUUUAUUCAUCCAUAUCUCCACUUAAAAAAAAAA